AUGUAAAAAAUAAAAAAUAAUCUUAGCAAACUAUUAAACGAUGAAAGCGUUUGCUUUGAUUAAUCAUACUCCUUCAUAUUGUUUGUUCGGAUGCUUUAAUUUCUAUAAUAUCUUGCAAUCACCUUACAAGAAAUCAAUAACAAUGGUCAAAAGAAGGAUGGCCACUUUUCAAUUUUUUUUCAAAUUCUUAAGUUAUCGAUUUUAGAUAUCGACUUGCUGCCUGAUUACAUUGGAUAUAUUACUACUUUCUUUAACUUCAUAGUAUUUCUGUUAUUCAUGCUUUAAAUAGUUUAUUUGAAAAGAACAUUACGAAAUUUGAUGAAGAUUUUAAAUGGGUAUUUAGCACUAUUACCUUAAAUAAUGUGUUUUAUAUUUGUUUCAUCCACUUUUCGUUCCUUUCUAUUGAACUCCAAAACACAUAUUGUGAUUUACAUUUGGGCUAUCUUUGAUGUGAGUUUAAUAUUUUCCCUAUCUUUGAUGUCCUGUAUUUUGUUUAGAAAUAUUAACUUUAAUUAAUCAACAUAUACAAGAGAUUAAAGUAUUAUGAAGAUUGUGUCACAAAUAUUUUAAUUUGCAACUCAAAUCCUAUAUUUCUAUCAUGACUAGGAAGAAAUACUAAUAUUAAAACAGCUCUCUGCCUUAAUGUGGAUAGGUUUAGAAUAGAUUGAUAUAUAUUUAUAUAUGCCUUACAGUUUGUAUGAUAGCAAGUUGAUUUUUACAUUAAAUUAAAUCAAAUUUGGAUGCAAUUUGAUUAAUUUGAUUUUGAAUAAUUUAUCACUAAUAAUAGAAACGACAUAUUCUUAGUAUAUUUAUUACUUCAUAUUUUCAUCCAUAUGUUUUUAUUUGGGAGAGACUUGCUAUUAAAGAUUGUUUUAUGCGAAGGGAUUGGAUACAUUUACUAAAUCAAGUGAAAAGGAUCAACAUUUGUAGAUAAAAGUACUGAGGCAAUUCUAAGUUUAGGCUGAGUCCUAAUUAACGCAAACUGAAUAGCUUCUUUAGAUUGGAAUGGUUAAUUAGCAUAUAAUCCAUUGUGGUCGCAAAUGUUAAGUAUAUACAAUUACUAUUUAAUAGUCAUUGGAUAGCUCAGACGUCAUUCGAUGUAUUGUCAACUAUCAAGUAUAAACCAAGGAAGAUGAGCAUUUAUUUUUAUUUAAAGUAAGAUAUCUAGGGUUCCAAAAUAAACAAUACUCAUAAAGUUUAGCAAGACUUAAACACUAUUAAAUAAAAUACAAACCAGAAUUGUCAUGGUAUUUUAAUUUAAUAUAAAUUGACAUCUCUAAUAAAUUAAGAUAGGAAAUAAUGAAAUAAUAAUAAUCCUAAAAAGUGUUCACACAAGAUACUUAAAGUGCCAAUUUAACAUCUGAAAAUUUAGUUCAUUUGGAUAUUCAAUCAGAUAAAUUGAUUCUCAAUCUAAGAAAGACUUUAUCAGCAAAAUUAGAUAUAUGGAGAAAAUAACUCAAAGGGUUUAAGACAAUAAGAUAACUUUAAUUAGAAUUGAUCAAGUUAGCAGAUGAAUUAGAAAAACUAAGAAGAAAAUUUAAACUCAUUAUAAAUAGAGAUGUUUAUGAAGUUAAUAUUUCUUAAAUUAACAACUUAUAUCACUUGAGAAUGCUGUCAUUAUAUUAUUCAAUCAUAAUGAAUGAUUAGCUUCAUUCAUUUUUAUGUGAGAAAUAAUAUUACCUAAUAUAUUGUUAUGAAUAAACCCUUUAAUAAGACUAAUUAAAUUCAAUUGCUCUUGUACAUGAUAAAGUAGCUAUUGUUACAGUUAGUUUAGUUAAAAGUUUAGGAACCAUUUUGAAUUCGAAUAAGUAGUAAUUGGGUUAGAUUUUCAAUUACAAAAAAGUGGAGGAAUUUCAAAAUAUAUUUCAUCUAAAUUAACUUAUGCCUGAUUUUAUAGCCUCCAAACAUAAUUAAAUGCUCUCAAACUUUUUAAUUAAAGGUGAUUCUCCUUUCUUUCAAGAAUUCAGAAUGAUUUUUGGAAAAUCAAGAGAAAAUUUUAUCUUCCCCUUAUAAUUAAAACUUGCAAAUGAUUUCAGCUAUGAAGAUGAUUAUGUAAUUAAAGGGAUUUUCUUUUCAGGAGGAAAAAGAUAUGAUUAUAUUUUAUUUGAUCAAAAUGGAAGAGUAUUAGGGAUAACCAAGUAAAUUUACUAUGAUUUAUUUACAGAUCGUGAAGAAUCAUAAAUGGAUUUAAAAUCUUUAUAUGGUUUCUGUUUUUUGUAUUACUUUAUUCCAGAUUUAUUUGAAAUCGCUAAGAAGUGUUACCAAAGACAAAAAGAUUAAUCAGAAAAUGUUAAUUUAUAAGAGGAUGUUAUAUUUGUAACCUAAACAGAUAUAAAGGAAUUUCAUGAAAAUUUUUAGCAACAGUUGAAAUAUCAUCUUAGAGAUUUGUAUUGUAUUUGGAAUCUCAAAAAAAAAUAGUCUUUGUCAAGUAAUAGUAUAUUUAAUCAUUAAAGAUAGAUAAAGUACAACAUCAAAUACUAAAGAGAUGAAUUAAUCAAUAGAAAUUAACUUAUUAAAUGAAGAGUAUGCUAAAUUUGCAUCUGAAUUUGUCAAUCAAAAUGUAUAAAAUUAAAUUUAUGCUAAGAUCACAUAAUAAAAAACAUGUUUUUUAAGAUUUACUUUAUAUUAUUAAAAAGGCAACACAGAUGGAUUUUUUAUUAUGUAAAUAUCUGAUUAUAGAAAACACGAUUUAGGCGAAAUAGCAACUGAAUUAUUUGCUUAAUAAGAUGUUGAUUCAACAAUGAAAAAAUCAACUUUGAGACAUCUCAAAGGUAAUAUUGAAUUUCAUAUUAGACUUCAUUGUUUCCAAAAGGAGAUAUGGAGAUUAACGAGCUCUGUAAAGUGUUUUCACUAAGAGGAAGAUGUAUUCAAAAUAAUUGGUUUCUAUGAAUUAAUCUGAAAUCCUAAUGACUCAAUAAUUAUCAUCCACAAAUUUUACUCCAAAGGCAUGCUUUAUUAAACCCGAGAUUGCAUUGAAUUCUGAGAUGGAAUCAGUUUAGGAAGUCAGAAAUUCAAGUUCUGAAGAAUCGCAGUUUCUAGAUGAAUUUAUGUCUGAAGAGGAAUCAAAAAAAUAAAAUUAAAGACGUGAGAAAAAGAUAAAAUCCUUCAGUAAAACUAAUAAUUUCUCAGAUCCUGAAUAAAACCCCAACAAAUCUCAAAAUUCAAGUAGUCUUUCUAAAGUAUCUAAUAAUUAAUCCUAUUUCUUUCAAAUUGUAUUUAAGCAAAAAUCUUAACUUCCAAAGAACAUCCUAAUUCUAUGGUGUAUAGUUUAUAGCAUAAACUUGAUAAGUAUAGGAGGAUUUGGAUUUACAAACUAUCAUCUAGUUACAAAUUAUCAUGAAUCUCAAUUAUUAGCUUAACAAUUUAUGGGACCAUUAAGAUUUAAUAGAUAUUUUUGUAAAACAUUAUCAUUGAGUUGGAUAUUCAUAUUAAAUGAUUACGAUAUCCUAAAUAAUAGUUAAUACUCAAUCUCCUAAAGCUUAUAUCAAACUUCGCUGUUGAAUCAAUUUGUUUUUGCCAAUUUAACUUAGUUGUAUCCAAUAUUCAUUCAAAUGGAGUCUGACGGAACUUUAUCCAAUAUAACCUUAAAAUACUCAGCUGAUAAUUUUGAGCAAGUGGAAUUCACCAGAUUACUUUAUUUUAUGGAAGAAGUCGUUCAUUAUUUAGUUUAGAUAAAUACAUAUGAUUACAGCAAUUACAAGGAGUACAUUGAUCGACAAUAUAUUGAUAAAAUGUUUUUGAUAGAGUAAAAUCUACCAGAGAUUAUAGAUAUUGACUCUAAUCUUCUUAUCUAAUUAAAAGAGAAUUCAACAUCCCUCUAGUAAUUUGAAAGUACAAUCUUUGUUAUUGAACAUCUGAUUCACACUGCAAUUAUCUUUCUUAUAAUGUUGGUGCAAUUGAUUUAAUGGAAUAAUAUUGAAUAAUAAAAUAGAAAUUUAGCAUUGCUUGUAGGAAGAAUUAAAGAUAGUGAAAUAGAAACUGAAAUUUGUAAAUAUAUAUCAAAUAUUUUCAAGUAAGAGCUCAUACAGUUUAUAUUGCACUUAGUGUAUAAGGGGGAGAGAAUUCUUGGAAGCGUUUUAACUAUUAUAACUUUGGAUUUCAAUAGGAUGUCACUUACUAUUAGCCAAAAGAAAAAAUCACUAUUAGUUAAAAACUCUAAUUAAUGCAAACCAGCUAAAAAAAUACAAGAAACUUUUAGACAAAAAUAAAUCUGUUUUCCCAUCUUUUGAAAAUAUUGGUAUUUGUUUCAAUAUACUAAAUUUACUUAUGGGGAGGCUAUGCAAUUUUUAAUGAUUAAUAAAAUAGACUUUUACCUUUGAGUAAUCUUUUAAAUGAUUUUGCAUUGUUUAGUUCAAAAUUGGACAAUUUGGCUAGUGCUGCUUUGAUUAUUAAAACUAAACCAAUAUUAUUUGAAAAGCUAAAGUCUUUAAAUAUUUAUUAAGAAACUGAAUUGAUAGAUGAGGGAAAGAUUUUACAGCUUUUUGAUGAAUUUUAUGCUGAUAUUAAUUUGUCAUUUGUUAAAUUGUAUGAAAAUAUCAUAAAAGAUUUAUCUUUGGAAUAUUCCCAAGAGGAAGUUCAAGGUUUGUUGAGUUCUGAUAUCUGCAUAUAUUUGAGUGAUUAUCUUCCAUUUUGCUAAUUAAAAGCAACUUAAAACACUGCAGAGUUUAUUUAAAAGUAUGGCAAUUAUGUAGAUCAGGAUGAUAAUUCUGAAUAUUUUGCUCACGGCAUACUUACUUUAGUAACAACCAUUUAAUAGUUUUAUUAAUAGAAUUUUGCCAUUGAAAUAUCAAAUGGAUAAUAUGUAAACAAUACAUAAGAGAUAAAUUAACUGAUCAAUAGUUCUGAGUUUAAUGCAAUAGUUUUGUCUCACUUUAGAGACACUUACUAUUGCUUUAUACGAUUUUUAGAAUUAGUUGACGGUAACAUUGCUCUUAUUAAGGAAAAGCAUCUUGAUGUGUUGCUCUUAUAUUAUGACAUAAUAAUAGUGGUUUAUUUGAUAUUUUUUCACAUAUUCUACUCAUUUUGGAUAAAUCGGAAUGUCAAAGAAAUGAGAAACAUUAAGCUUGCCUUAAUUGCGAUCCCCCAUUUUUAAUUGACAAGUGAUCCUGUAAUUAACAUUUUGAAAAGAUAUCAAUGA